AUGUUACUUAGACAUAAACUACUUGUACUUCUAUCCUUUUAUGGUUCAACCACAAUGGCUGAUAAUUGGUCAAGUUUAGGAUGUUAUAAGAAAUCAUCAUUAUCAAACUUACAAUCCAAAGGUUACUACAUCUACCAAUCAUCAGGUAAUUGUGAAGGAGAAUGCUCAGGUAAAAGGAUUGCCGCAUUGAUUAGUGGUAACCAGUGUUAUUGUGGCGAUUCUGAUCCCUCACUGAGUUCAGACGACGAUUCAAACUGUGACACUUCUUGUCAAGGUUAUGACAAAGAGAAAUGUGGUGGAGACGGAUACUAUACCGUUUACGUUAAUUCAGAUGUUGAUAGUGAAGAUGUGCAACUGAGUAGUAGUAGCUCAAGUCUGUCACUGACUAGCACAUCCAGCACAUCAACCUCAUCCACAUCAUCCACGUCAUCUACAUCAUCAUCAUCAUCAUCGUCAUCAUCAUCAGCACCACAGACAAGCACCAUAAAGCAAACAACUACAGCACAACCAUCGAGUACAUCUGAUGACGACAGUUCCUCAACAACUGCCACUUCUUCACAAGAAACAACAGUAGAAGUAUCGUCGUCAAUACAACCGACAACUAUAGUAUCUACUGUGAUCAAUUCAGCCAACACUAAGCUGCAGUCAGUUAUAUACCGCACAGUCGUUGAAUCACCAUCGUCAACACUGCCAUCAGCUACAACAACUUCUACCUCAUCUUCAAACACUUCGUCACAAGCACUUGACGCCUCACAAACAGACUCAUCAGCAUCUUCAUCAUCGUCAGGAGCAUCAAAUUCGAAUAAGAAUAAAGGAACUUCAGGAGGUGUUAUUGCUGGUGCGGUUGUUGGAUCAGUAGCAGGUGUAGCUGUCAUUGCCGGAUUACUUUUCGCAUUUUGCUGGUUUAGACGUAGGAGACAAGAUGACGAAGAUGUCGACGAUCAGUUUACUUUGUCUGGCCCCAAAGCAGAAAUGUCAGAAGUUGACGCACCAUCACCACCACCGACUCUGGAUCCUAAUCCUUUCUUAUUAGCUAGUGGAUACAACUUCUUUGAUACAUCACAACAACAACAACAACAACAACAACAGCAACAGCAACAACAACAAGCAUUCCCCGCCGGUGGAGCAGGAAGAUCACCAUCUAUUCAACAAACCCCAAGACAAAAUACCAACAACCAAUUCCACGGAUCGUCUCACGGUGGAAGUGGAACUAGCGCGACAGGAGUAUUUGGCCACAAGCAACAGUCAAGUUCAAGUGGAACCAGUGGUGGGGGAGGUGACCACUCACUAGGGUCACAACAAGAUGAUUAUGCCUUUUACGAUUACAACAGCGGAGGAGAAGGAGGAGGAGGAGGAGGAGGAGGAGGAGCUCUAUAUCACAACAACAGUCUAUCCCAAUCCAACGCACCACAACAACAGUCAAGUCAUCAAUUCCAAUUCCUCAAUGCAAACUCACCAGAACCGGAAUUCGGUAGGAGAAAGUUGAGUAAUGGGUCGUUACCCGAUAUGAUAGCUAGAGAACCAGGUUCAUUGAAGGUGGUUAACAAUUGA